GUCAGUUCAAUACCUCCUUCGGUAAUCUCUACUCAAAAGCUCCUACGGCAGUGAUAGUAGUAGGCUUUCACCACGAUAAAUGGCGAGUCCAACAGAUAAUCUCCAACCUGUCAACUUUGGCAUCCUCCUUUUCCCGGCCUUCCAAGCUCUCGAUGUUUUUGGCCCGCUCGACGCUUUGAACCUCUUAUCCAUGUUGAAGUUUCCGAAGAUGAAUUUAUCCAUCAUUGGACUUACACUGGAUCCGAUCUCUACAAAGGAUCCUAAAGGAUCCUCCGAUUUCGGUGAAUCCGUCGUUCCAACCCACACAAUCAGCGACCCACCGCAGGAUCUCGACGUCCUUCUCGUCCCAGGAGGCCUGGGAUCCCGUGACUUCGAGGGCACUACGCCCAUUGUCGACUUCAUUCGGACUAUCUAUCCAUCUCUGAACCAGAAGGCUAACGGUUAUCUACUCACAGUAUGCACUGGUUCGUGGCUCGCAGCACGCGCAGGAGUACUAGAUAACAAGUUCGCGACGUCAAACAAGGCAGCGUGGCAGGAGAAGAAAGAUAAAAAUAUCGGUCCCGAUGUGAAAUGGGUUUCGUAUGCACGCUGGGUGGUUGAUGGAAACAUCUGGACUGGGUCGGGAGUUGCGGCUGGCAUCGAUCUCAUGGUGGCCUUCAUUGAAAAGGUUUACGGUGUUGAGACGGCGAACGAUAUUAGCCGUCUCAUGGAGUACAUGCCUCACAAAGACCCUCAUGACGAUCCGUUUGCGGAUCUGUAUGGGUUACCGAGGGAAAACUGUUGAGAACGCUUUACGAGGAUGGCCUUCAAGAGCUGUCAUUACACAUAGUAUGGGUUUGAAAUACUCACGUUGUUUCGGGAGAAGCUUGAUAACAACGUUGAUUCACAAUUAAGAUUU